AUGAGCAAACCAAGAGGAAUGAGUCGCUCCCUCAUACGAGUCUUGACAGCGGUACUUGCGUGCGUUAUGGAGACCAGCAACUUCAGGGUCGUGGAUGCCAAGGAGCACGAGUCCAGAUCCUCCUCCAACAUGUCUCCGUCAGACUUUCUUGACUCGCUUAUGGGUCGAACGUCCGGUUAUGACGCACGAAUAAGGCCGAAUUUUAAAGGUCCACCAGUUAACGUUACCUGCAACAUAUUUAUCAACAGCUUUGGUUCUAUAGCAGAAACUACUAUGGACUACAGAGUGAACAUCUUCCUGCGGCAAAAGUGGAAUGACCCGCGGCUGGCGUACAGUAAAUAUCCAGACUCCUCCCUGGACCUGGACCCCUCCAUGCUGGACUCCAUCUGGAAACCUGACCUCUUCUUCGCCAACGAGAAGGGCGCCAACUUCCACGAUGUAACCACAGACAACAAACUGCUGAGGAUUUUUAAGGAUGGGACUGUCCUUUACAGCAUCAGGUUGACACUCAUUCUGUCCUGUCCGAUGGAUCUAAAGAACUUUCCAAUGGAUGUCCAAACUUGCACGAUGCAACUGGAAAGUUUUGGCUACACCAUGAAUGACUUGAUCUUCGAGUGGCUGGAGAACGGAGCCGUGCAGGUGUCGGAGGGGCUCACUUUGCCUCAGUUCAUAAUGAGGGACGAGAAGGAAUUGGGUUACUGCACCAAACAUUACAACACCGGAAAAUUUACCUGCAUCGAGGUGAAAUUCCAUCUGGAGCGGCAGAUGGGCUACUACCUGAUCCAGAUGUACAUCCCUUCCCUGCUGAUCGUCAUCCUGUCGUGGGUCUCCUUCUGGAUCAAUAUGGAUGCCGCGCCCGCCCGAGUGGCGCUGGGCAUCACCACUGUGCUUACCAUGACGACGCAAAGCUCCGGCUCCAGGGCCUCGCUUCCAAAGGUCUCUUAUGUGAAAGCCAUCGAUAUCUGGAUGGCCGUGUGCUUGCUCUUUGUGUUCGCGGCGCUGCUGGAAUAUGCCGGAGUUAAUUUUGUCUCCAGGCAACAGAAGGAGUUCCUCCGCUUGAGGCGAAGGCAGAGGAGGAAUCACAAGGACGACGACAUGCGGGAAGGCCGCUUCAAUUUCUCUGGCUACAGCAUGAGCCAGUGUCUGCCGAUGAAGGACAGCUCAGCAGUCAAGAACGCCGCCCCGGUCCCGAACCCUCAACCACCCGCCCCGAAGGACCUGGACACCAUGAAGAAGAAGUUCGUGGACAGAGCCAAGAGAAUAGACACCAUUUCCAGGGCAGCCUUUCCCUUGGCCUUCCUCAUCUUCAACAUCUUCUACUGGAUCACCUACAAGAUCAUCCGGCACGAGGACAUCCACAAAAAGUAA